CUUAAAGAGAUGUCAUAACAUGAAAAUUGAUAAGAUACUAAUUAUUUUUGUGGGAAACAAGAAACAAAUCAGAGUUCAAACAGAAGAUUUUAAAAUGUCUUAAAACACUCUGGAGGACAUCUUUAAUAUGCUAUGUGUAGUAAAAACAGUUGGUCGGUAGAGAAUUAAAUAGCUCAACAGCUAGCUAGUAUAGUAAGUAAGCUAGCAUGACGCUAGCAUGACGUUAGCUGUUUACAUUCAUGGUGAAAUACAGUUUGAGCCUUGAGGUUUUCAUCUUGCGCCAUCAUCAGGUUCGGGGAUCUGGAGCUGUUAAAUGAGGAGGCUCACUGUUUCAUCCCUUUUCCCUCGAGGGGAUACUCUGGAGGAAGAUGAUGAAGAAGAGGACAGUCAGCUCAGCGCAGAGCGCAGCAGUUGCGAUGUCCUCAGCAUCCCCGUGCCCAUCCGUCGCGGCGGCUCGGAGUCCAACCUCGACGUGGUGGACAGCGUCGGCGAUGACGGAGUCGGCCUGGAUUUCACCAAAGGAGCGCUUGGUAUCGACAGCCUGCAGCAGAAGAUCCUCAAGGUGACGGAGCAGAUAAAGGUGGAGCAGGUGGCUCGUGACCAGAAUGUCGCUGAGUACCUGAAGCUGGUGAACAACGCCGACAAGCAGCAGGUAGGACGGAUACGUCAGGUCUUUGAGAAGAAGAACCAGAAGUCGGCGCAGUCGAUUGCCCGGCUGCAGAGGAAGCUGGAGCAGUAUCACCGUCGCAUGAGGGACAGCGAGACCAACGGGAAGCACAGCCACAAAGAUGGAGGCAAGGAGUCUGGGACUCACAGCAAGGAGGGUAGCCUGAAGGACAUCAGCACCACCGGGCGGCACCCGGCGCUGGAUAAAGUGAAGACAAUUGGACCCGGCGUGUCGCUCUCACCGCCGUUCUUCUUCAACAAGUCGCGGGAGUUCGCCAACCUCAUCAGGAACAAGUUCGGCAGUGCAGACAACAUCGCCCACCUGAAGAGCUCCAUGGAGGCGAGCUCGGGGCUGCAGGUGGAGGGCGGGGCGAGGGGUCUGAGCGGGAGCGCCACCACAGUAGCCAAGGCAAGCAAGUACCAGAGUGACGAUGAGUGCUCCACGGGGACGUCUGCAUCUGCGGACUCAAAUGGGAACGCAGCCGGAGGCUCGGGGGCAGGUUCCGGAGGUCCAGCGAGGUCGGACUCCAACGGGCGGAUUGGGGAAGUGCUAGACAUGGUGCGAGAGAUCAGGGAGGCUCAGCAGCAGCUGGCAGACGACAUGGAGACUCUGAACACACAGUUCAAACGAGAUUACAGCUACUUCACUCAGAUGAUGCAGGAGGAGCGAUACAGGUAUGAGCGGUUGGAGGACCAGCUUAAUGACCUGACGGAGCUCCACCAGCAUGAAACCAGUAAUCUGAAGCAGGAACUGGCCAGUAUAGAGGAGAAGGUGGCUUACCAGGCCUACGAGAGGGCCAGGGACAUACAGGAGGUGCUGGAGUCGUGUCAGACUCGUGUGUCUAAGCUCGAGCUGCAGCAGCAGCAGAACCAGACAGUUCAGGUGGAAAACGCAGACGCGAAGGUGCUGCUGGGAAAAUGCAUCAACAUCAUGCUGGCCAUCGUCACCGUCAUCUUGGUGUGCGUGUCCACGGCUGCCAAGUUCACCGCCCCGCUGCUGCGCAGCCGAGUCCACCUAGCGCUCACCUGCGUGGGCUUGUCCGUGUUGGCGCUGCUGUGGAAGAACUGGGAACAUUUGCAGUGUGCGUUGGAACGAUUGGUCCUCCCGCACUGAUGGAGGAGCACAAGUGAACGCUUUGUCCGAGCCUGGGGAGGAGUUUACAUGUAGCCUUACACCAGCCCGAGUCCCCCAGAGAUUUUAGGCUCCGCAGUGACUUGAUUGAUGGCUCUGUGUUUUGCAUGUCUAAAUGGGGUCCACGCAAAUCCACAAAGCCUUUCCCAGAAUGCACCUUCACAGUAAUUCUAACCAACAACACAGAGAUGUAAGCUGAUAUAACAACUGUGACAAACCUCUACAACAUGCUGUCUACGAGGCUGAAGGUGCAAACGUACAAGUAUCACUACAGUCCAAUAAGAGAUGGAUCCGCUGGAAUUGACCAGAUGAAAGUUAUUUAUUGGAUGUUGGACUCCCUCUGCUCUCAUGUGGUCGCACUAACCACAGCAGUGGACCUAAAUAUAGAGUGAGCUUUUAUUGUGGCAUGGGAAUACAGUGAUUAUUUCCUGCCCUUAAAGGGAAGUGUAUCUGUUAUAGCACCGCCUCGCACCUCUGAACAAACACUCGCUGGCAGUACGCGGCCAGUCGAUCAGUCUUGAACCUGCACAGAACGCCUCCUCGUGCACCAGCUAGCUGUGACAACACAAUGACACAUCCACCUGAAGGUUGAAUUGUACCGUGUGUCUGUACUUAACUGUCCUGUAUUUAUGUGAUGAUGUGCGUCUCAUUCAAAAGGAUAUUUUUUAAGCUGUUCUUUUAAACUGUGGGUGUGUUUGUGUCGGAGUGUGCGUUCAUGUACUUGUACGUCUGCUUGUGUGUCUGUACUUUGUUUUUUAAAGAAACUCUUGCACAUUAAAUGAAAUAUCCGCUUUAUUAGUGAGUUGGGUGAGUAGAUUACAGGUGCAAUAUGUGAGAAUUGACAUUGACAUUGACAUCUGUCACGUCAUACUUCAAACAGAUAGGGGGCGGUAUAUCACAGGAGUAACUGCUAACUGCUGCCAACUGUGGCUGCUCUUAGCUAGUUAGCCCAGUUAGCUGUGCAGAAAGCGGUUCAAGGCUCAGAGCUCAGGGACCAGGAGAGUGUUAGUAUUAACACUGCUAGCACGGAAGCUUUGGACCGAGGGCUAGCUGGUUAGCAUGCUAACUUCAGUAGCAACACAAUACAUAGGGGUGAUAAUGUCAAAACUGCUAUUUAUUCACAUUCUUUUGAUAAUUUUAGUUAGUUUUGAAUGUUUUCAACCAAAAUUCUUACAUGUAGAGCCAGGAGACAAUUAGCUUAGCUUAGCAUAUAGACUGGAAAGAAAGGGGAACAGCUAGCCUGGCUCUGUCUCUGUGAUUAAAAUGCUGCUUGACAUGUUAAUCAAUAUAUAUAUAGUCUCAUAUUUACAAGAAACUAAUUUUAAAAAUGUGCAGGAUUAUUUUUUUGGAUAGAAGUAUUUUCUUCCUGCCAUAAAACUCCCCACAAGCUGCUGUUGGACAGAGCCAGACCAGCUUGUUUCCUGUCUUUAAGCGAAGCUAAGCUAACAGACAGGACACUGCUAUCGAUCUUCUCAUUUAACUCUUGACAAGCAUAUUUCCCAAAAUGUCAAAAAUUUAUGGACUGCCUCCUGUCUUGUUAAUUUGAUGCUUUGCGGGGUUUUCGUCUUAUAAAAUCCGUCUGAUGUUUUUUUGGGUGCUUCUCGAAGCUGUUUGAGAAAGAACAUGUUUGGUCUGUGAGUGCUUUACUCAGAUUUAGCAUCCACCAGCGAGCGUGUCGACUGUGAGGAAGGCCGGUGCGAUUAGAGAAAAGCUCUAAAAUGCGAGUAUGUUUGACUCAAAGAUCCCAGUUUUAUUGAACUGCCUUUUAACGAGGUGAACAGAAAACGUUAUCUUGUGUGUGAAGCCUUUGAUGUCGUGCUGCAUUCACGUCCGUCGGGAAUAAAAGCAGUGAUGUUCUGACUGUUCAUAUCCGGACUCAAGAGAGUUUCCCACCUGUAGAAACUUGUCUGAAGCCACAGGGAGACGGAUGUGGGUGAUUACUGCUGAUACAUUUGAAAUGCUCAUAAUAAUUCCUUUUUAGCAUUUUCACACUUGACUCUCUCUCACAGCUGGGGAGUGACUCAUGUGAGAGGAUGUCUGAAACUAGCACAGAGAGUCCUGCCCUGCCGUCAUAUUUUAAGACUUGUGAAUUGUAAUGACUCGCAGGAUGAAAAUCAGUUGUUUUACUCGACGUAAGAAUUUCUGCCAUAGUGCGAAAAAUCAAGCCCCACUGCCUUGUUCCCAAACACCACUUCAAACUAAAACUAUGAUUUGUGUUGUGAGCACCAUAACGACUGUUUUCAUUCCCAUGUGACAUGAAUGCAGCAUCACAGAUUGAACAGAGGAAACUGAACAAUGUAGCUCUGAGCUCCCGAACCCUGUUUCACUGUGAUGAUGAGGGGGAUGAAAUGGGACUGAUGCCUUUCAAUGCAGCUUAUUUCCUCCUCUGUUUGCGUCCCUUUGAAAGCCAAAUAUGGAGAUUUUUAAGGCACCUUAGGCUUUUUAAAUAAAACUGAAAUUGCUAUUUUUUGGGGUUUUUUUGCUCACCUUUAAUCUUUGAUGUUUUAUUUUCAAAUUGGCUCAAACACUAUUUCUCUCUGCUCCCUAAGAGAGACGUGCACCUCAUUUCCAAAGCCUGUAUGUGUAAAAUCCAUAAUGUAUAUUUUCACAUUUCUGUCUCCUCUAUGUGCAUUAGUUUCUCGUUAUGGAUUUCCAUGACAUUAUUCUUUUUUUCAAUUGAGAAAAUAAAUCUGUUUUUCUAAGAGUG